UUCUGUGACCCGGAAGCACUUUUUUUAGUGUUGCUGACGGGAUGCUGUUCUCCACCAUGAAUAAGUCUAAUCGGUUUCGGAUGGGCAGUUUUAAAAUAUUGGAUUCAAUGUUGAAUCAGCGAAACAUUCAUGAAUUAACAUGUCGGUUUGCUGCUGUUCUUCUUUUAACCUGCCAGUGUCUGGCAGACGAUGGAUACGAGAUGGAUGACUUUUUGAAAAGGGAGUACUCUCUUACCAAACCAUACCAAGGGUUGGGCUCCUCCAGUUCCUCUUAUUGGGACCUGAUGGGCAAUGCCAUGAUCACCACUGAGCAUGUGCGACUGACUCCUGACUUGCAGAGCAGACAAGGAGCAGUGUGGAGCCGCGUUCCCUGUUUCCUGCGGGACUGGGAGCUGCAGGUGCACUUUAAGAUCCACGGCCACGGGAAGAAGAACCUGAAUGGAGAUGGAAUGGCUCUGUGGUAUACCAAAGAACGCAUGCAGACUGGUCCUGUGUUUGGAAACAUGAACCUCUUCACUGGCCUUGGAGUGUUUGUGGACACCUACCCCAAUGAAAAUAAGAACCAUGAGAAGAAGUACAAUCCUUCGACUCAGAGGGUCUUUCCAUACGUUUCUGGGAUGGUGGGGAACGGGACUCUGGCUUACGAGCACGAUCGUGAUGGCCAGUCCACAGAGCUUGGCGGGUGCACAGCCCUGGUGCGCAACAUCCCUCAUGACACCUUCCUCCUCAUCAGAUACACCAAAAACCGACUGACGAUACAGAUAGACGUUGACGGUAAACAGGAGUGGCAGGACUGUCUGGACCUUCCAGGGGUACGUCUACCUCGGGGCUACUUCUUUGGAGCCUCCUCUAUUACUGGAGACCUGUCAGACAACCAUGAUCUCAUCUCUAUGAAGCUGUACCAGCUGACUGUGGAGCGUACUCCGGAGGAAGAGGAGGAGGAAGAGCUCAUCCCCAGUGUUGAUAACUUUGAGCACUUGAACAAAGUGGAGGUGCAAGAAGAGGGGAUGAGUGGAGUCCAGCUCUUCUUCACCAUAGUCUUCUCUGUCAUUGGUAUCUUUGUACUGGGGGUGGUGGCAGUCGUCAUGUAUGGGCGCUGGAAGGAGAACAGCCGCAAACGCUUCUACUGAGAGGGAGAGCUGGGUAGUCUACGGUUCCGUCCCAAAUGGCACCCUGUUCUCUUUAUAGUGCACUACUUUUGACUAGGGGUCUAGUCAAAAGGUGUGCUCUCUGUAGGGAAUAGGAUGCCAUUUGGGAUGUCGUCUGAGGGAUGCUCUAUGUGAAGGAGCACAAAUGAGGAUGUAGAUUUUUAAACAUACAAAGAACAUGCUGUCUGCCAUACAUAGCUUUACUACAUAACAAUUCCCUUACCUCAAUAAUACUUCAACAAAUGAACCGUUCUCGGACCAUCUCGGCCCAAAUAAAUCAAACGUGACCCUUUUUUUUUUUUAAUAUACUGUGAGAUUAAUCUUUUUUUUGUCUUUUGUUUCACCUUAGUGUUUAACGUAGGAGGCCAUGACCUGUGAAUUGCUGACACUGUUAUCAGCAGACUGCACUCACUUAUAUGCAGUGUGCAUGAUGGCAUCCAGCCUUUCUGUCAUGUUCUGCCGUUGAGACUUCCGAAUUGUUUGCACUGACAUGAAAUGCCCGUGAGAAGACUUAUAUUGUAACUAAGUAAUGAGAGAGAGAGAAUUGUUCUCAACAAAAGUACCUAGCUCGGGCCAGUUUAAGACCAGGGCCUUCAAGAUCGUAAUGAAUCAAAUUAUAUUGCUGGGGGAACUGAUCUGAGUUCAGCAGUCCUACUCUGUGAGAUGUUUUCUUGAAUAUGGGCCCAGGUAUCGCAAUGUACAUGCUAAUCCUCUAGUUCUAUAUUUUGGUUCAUGAGUUUACAUUUGGCUCUUGGUUCUGUAUUGCUGUGCUGUAACUACCAUUUACCUACAGUUGAAGUCGGAAGUUGACAUACACUUAGGUUGAAGUCACUAACAAUUUUUUUUAACCACUAUAGUUUUGGCAAGUCGGUUAGGUCAUCUACUUUGUGCAUGACACAAGUCAUUUUUCCUACAAUUGUUUACAGACAGAUUAUUUCACUUAUAAUUCACUGUAUCACAAUUCCAGUGGGUCAGAAGUUUACAUACACUAAGUUGACUGUGCAUUUAAACAGCUUUGGAAAAUUCCAGAAAAUGAUGUCAUGGCUUUAGAAGCUUCUGAUAAGCUAAUUGACAUAAUUUGAGUCAAUUGGAGGUGUACCUGUGGAUGUAUUUCAAGGCCUACCUUCAAACUCAGUGCCUCUUUGCUUGACAUGGGAAAAUCAAAAGAAAUCAGCCAAGACCUCAGAAAAACAAUUGUAGACCUCCACAAGUCUGGUUCAUCCUUGGGAGCAAUUUCCAAAUGCCUGAAGGUACCAUGUUCAUCUGUGCAAACAAUGGUACGCAAGUAUAAACGCCAUGGGAUCACGCAGCCGUCAUACCGCUCAGGAAGGAGACGCGUUCUGUCUCCUAGAGAUGAACGUACUUUGGUGCAAAAAGUACAAAUCAAUCGCAGAACAAUAGCAAAGGACCUUGUGAAGAUGCUGCAGGAAACAGGUACAUAAGUAUGUAUAUCCACAGUAAAACGAGUCCUAUAUCGACAUAACCUGAAAGGCCGCUCAGCAAGGAAGAAGCCACUGCUCAAAAACCGCCAUAAAAAGCCAGACAAUGAUUUUUCAACUGCACAUGGAGAAAUGUCCUGGAACUGUUUGGCCAUAAUGACCGUUUUUGUUUGGAGGAAAAGGGGGAGGCAUGCAAGCCGAAGCACACCAUCGCAACCGUGAAGCACGGGGGUGGCAGCAUCAUGUUGUGGGGGUGCUUGGCUGCAGGAUGGACUGGUGCAUGUCACAAAAUAGAUGGCAUCACAAGGAUGGAAAACAAUGUGGCUAUAUUGAAGCAACAUCUCAAGACAUCAGCCAGGAAGUUAAAGCUUGGUUGCAAAUGGGUCUUCCAAAUGGACAAUGACCCCAAGCAUACUUCCAAAGUUAUGGCUUAAGGACAACAAAGUCAAGGUAUUGGAGUGGCCAUCACAAAGCCCUGAUCUCAAUCCCAUUGACAAUUUGUUGUCAGAAAAAGUGUGUGCGUGCAAGGAGGCCUACAAACCUGACUCAGUUACACCAGCUGUGUCAGGAGGAAUGGGCCAAAAUUCACCCAAUCUAUUGCAGGAAGCUUGUGGAAGGCUACCUAAAACAUUUGACCUAAGUUAAACUAUUUUAAAUGCAAUGCUACCAAACACUAAUUGAGUGUAUGUAAACCCACUGGGAAUGUGAUGAAAGAAAUAAAAGCUGAAAUAAAUCAUUCUCUACUAUUAAUCUGACAUUUCACAUUCUUAAAAUAAAGUGGUGAUCCUAACUGACCUAAGACAGGGAGUUUUUACAAAGAUGAAAUGUCAGGAGUUUUGAAAAACUGAGUUUAAAUGUAUUUGGUGAAGGUGUAUGUAAACUUCUGACUUCAACUGUAUCAUACUGUACGGGUUAUUGGAUUGUUUUCUCUGAAACGCUCUACCCUCUUUUGUAAGUUGUUAACCUGUUGUCCACCAGCUAUCAUCUCAAGCACAGAUAUCAAAACCGAUCAUCUCACCUGUGGCAUAUAUAGAUAUAUCUCAAACAUAUAAAUGCAACUAUUUUACUGCGGUACAGUUCAUAGAAGACAUCAGUCAAUUUAAAUAUAAUCAGUAGGCCCAAAUCUACGGAUUUCACAUGACUGUGCAGGACCAGCCAAUCAGAAUGUGUUUUUCCCCAUAAAAGGGCUUUAUUGCAGACAGAAAUACUCCUUUGUUUCAUCAACUGUCCGGGUGGCUGGUCUCAAACGAUCCUGCAGGUGAAGACGGUGGAGGUCCUGGGCUGGUGUGAUUACAUGGUCCUGGGCUGGUGUGGUUAUGAGUCCGAUUGGACAUACUGCCAAAUUCUCUAAAAUGACGGAGGCGGCUUAUGGUAGAGAAUUGAACAUUAAAUUCUUUGGUAACAGCUCUGGAGGACAUUCAUGCGGUCAGCAUGCCAAAUUCAUGCUCCCUCAACUCGAGACAUCUGCCAUUGUGAUGUGUGACAACUGCAUAUUUUAGAGUGGCCUUUUUAUUGUCCUCAGCACAAGGUGCUAUGUUACGACGUGCCACACCUGUCAGGUGGAUGAAUUAUCUUGGAAAAGGAGAAAUGCUCACUAACAGGGAUGUAAACAAAUUUGUGCACAAAAUUUAAAAAGCUUUUUGUGCAUAUGGAACAUUUCUGGAAUCUUUUAUUUCAGCUCAUGAAACAACACUUUUACAUGUUGCGUUUUAUAUUUUUGUUCAGUAUAUUGAUUCUAAUUAAUAAUGUCAACCUAUAUUUACCUUUUAUGAUUGAUCAAAUGUCUGUUGUUCACCUGUGAAAGUUUGUUGGUUGUUUUCUAUGUUGACAAUGUUUUUAAAACAUUAUUUUUAUGGAAAAACUGUACAUUGUCCAUCCACGGUGUCAUUGAGCCUCGUGGCUAAACUUUAAUUCCAAAAUAAGAUAAAGUAGCCUAACGGUUGGUUUGUAAUCAGUUACAAUACCAAUCCUCUCCAGGCACUUAUUUUCUGGUGCCUUACCUGGGUCGUAUUCAUUAAUGCAAACCGUAGUAAAACUGUUUUGCAAUGGAAACCGCUUAGAGCAUUUGGGUUAAGAUUGCAAAAAGUUUUGCUACGGUAUGCACAAAUGAAUGUCAGUCUCUAAAAGGUUAAAGGUCGUACGUGAGAGUCCAGGGCCGGCCCUGGGCAUAAGUGACGCAGGUGGUCGCCGGCUGCUAGGGGGUCCCCCGACCCAAUCAUUAAAAUUGUGUAUUUUUAUUUUAAGGUCUCAACUUACUGUUGAAAGCAAUAUCGAAAUUUGGUUGUGCGUCGGUAGUUUUACUCGUGUCAUUCAAUUAAUUAGCCCAUGGCAGCAAAAAAAGAUUAUUGGUAAAUUAAUCUGUCCAGCUAUCUAUGUCUGAAUUACUGACCGGGAACAAAGGGCAGGGGCCUCAUUUAACAACCAUGCGUACAUUUCUUACUAAUUUCUGGCAUUUGUGGGAAGUCAAGGAUUUGCAUAUGCAACAAAUUUGUUGGGGUUUAUCACACUGUCACAGGCAACAUACUGUGCACAUUGUUUUUAUAAAUCAGAGCCAUACUAUGUUUGUUUGCGUGCUACAACCCCACCUGGAAAAUGUCCACCUGGAACAAGAGUUUCUAAAAGAAAGCACAAUGGCAAAUUUGGGCAGAAUGUUUUAAUAUUUUUCAGGAAAGAAAUGCAUGCCGCCUAUAGCAAGUGCCAAACACUGGAUAUACCCUCCUUUUGCAUAAAAUAAACAUAUUAGACAUCAUGGUGAUAUGUGAUCUGCUUACUAACUGCAUCUGUUUUAUCAUUAGGCCUGCUUUUUAAUGUUUUUAUUAGCCUACCAUUGUUAUAAUUCCCGUGCAUCAAAUAACUCCAUUUUCCACAAAAUAGCAAUAUUUGCUCGCAAUACAGUCGAUCAACCACUAGUUGUGUGCGUGGUUUGAGAUUUGUGUGAAUAUAGGCCCACUUUCCUGUCAUGUUCAAAAUGGAUAAAUACCAACCUUUGCGGGAAAACUGAAGUAUACAGGUUUGGAGACUUGUUGUUGUUGUGCACACACCUUGAUAAAUCAAGCCCCAGGGGCCCUGACCUCCAGGGAGCUCCUCGUCACUCAAAUAUCAUAUUUACAUGUCAUGGGAAAAUGUGUGGUAUUUCAGGAAAUUUCUUUUAAAAUGUAUCUCCGGCUCAUGGAAAAAUGUAUAGAAUUGCAAAAAACUAGCUUUAAAACUGCAACCUUUUCUCUACACCCCAUGGCAAAUCUCCCCUAGGGCCCCCAAAAGGGUAGAGGCCCUGUGUGAAACUCCAGCGCUGUAUUACUGUCAGUUCAUGAUGAAGCUCGAAAAGAUAGGGCCCGAUGUGCUGUUUUAACCUAACAUGUUUUCUUUAAUGUUGACAUCUAUAGUUAAUUAUGUUUGCGACUGUGUGGUAUGAGAGUAAUUUAUCGUGUCAUAAAACAUCUUGAAGCGACGCAAACGUGACUAUUUCAAUCUUUAUUUUGGUGUAAUGAAAAUGUGAAUGCUGUUUGGCUUCUGUCAAAAUGUAAAAUUCUUGGAAAUCUACAGUUGUAAAAUAUUAUUCUUGUUGGUCUAUGAGGAGAAUGUGCACUGUAGUGCUCUUGUGUCAAAUCUUUUUUGAAUAAAAAUGUCUAUGACAUUCUUUCUCAUUUGGAAA